UGACAAUUUCUGUUGGUGGUUUCGCACGGGGUAUGUAAGGUCCAGCAGAAACUGCUAUUCCGAAAAGGAACAAAACUAGCCCCGUUGAUAUCUGGAACAGAAAACGAUGUUUUGGUUAUUUUUUAUCAUGCAACAGAAAAUCUUAUCAAGUGGAUUUUGUAUCAAAUAUUGGAUUCUAAUUCCAAUUUCAUUCAAAUAGAAAUGUUUAUAAGAUUCAAAUGCUUACCAUGAUGCAGCUUACUGGACGAGUAAAAAAACAAUGAUGAUUAGAUUAAAAGAUAAGGCCAAUUUAUAUGAUUUUGAAAAUAUAUCUACAACUGGUUCAUCUAGGUGCUAAUCGAAUUAAAGUAGAGCAAUUACUUGAACUUGUUCUAAUUAUUGUAUUUGUAAUGUUUAUGUAGCUUCUAUGUCCGUCAAUAUUUUGAUUGGAAAUUACGAACAAUACCACAACACAUCAACCACCAAAGCAUUUACUUGUAUCUUCAAAAUGAACAUGUACAUCGCAAUUUGGCUUCUGUGUGCGGUCGCUUACUGCAUAGCGGCUCCAUCUUCCCUUCGGACCCUUCCCGCUGUCCACCACGAGGAAAUCCACGACGACUUCGGGCAGUAUGCUCUGAGAUACGUCACAGCCGAAGGCAUCAUCGUCUCGGAGCGAGGCCGCUUGGUCCCCAACCCUGAUGGCAGGGACCACGCCCUCGUGGUAGAAGGAGAGGUGUCAUACAUCGGGGAGGACGGCAAGAACUACGUCACCAAGUACUCAGCUGGUUUUGAUGGAAGCAUAAUGGAGGGAGAUCACAUCCCGGUUGCCCCCAAGGCAUAAUGUCACUGGAAAUCGCUUAUUGUUGUUAAGUGUAAAUAAAAUUAUUUAUUUUUAAUUUAUGUUAAGUACUUUAUUAACCUUUAUACUCGUAUUAUGCACCUUUACUUACCGAACAAUGAUGAGUGUAUACUUAUUUAAUGUUAGAAAAUACAAGUUUCCUUCUAGAAAUACAGGAAAUCACUAAUUAAUAAUACUGGUUUGUAUUCGUGUUGUUGUUUAAAGCUUGCUAUUAGAAAUUGACAAUAAUUAUCUAACUACUUGUGGAAAAUACCUCAUUAGAAAAUGUUUAUUGUUAUAAAAGAUCAUGCAAUACAAUAUUGAACUAGAUAUUGAAUUUGAUAGGUUCACAAAUGUUUCUAAGCGCAUUUGUUUAUGAAAUACCUAACGGAAAAACUAUUUGGAGAUAAAAUUCUUCUAGUUGAUAAAAGUAUAUGACUUGCCUUUAUCAGCGACUUCGCAUGCCUCAAAUUCAGUUUUUCACAGAUCUUUUUAAAUUAUAGCCUUUCUUAUUCUGAUGUAUUAAGCAAUUUAUACUGUAAAGUUUUAUUAAAAUACGGAUUUGCAGUAGUUUUUGCGUGAAAGAGUAACAGACAUCCAUACAUCCAUCUUUACAAACUUUCACAUUAGUAGGUAACUAUAUUAUUUUUAUUAGGAUAAAAUGUGUAAAGAUCUGCCCAGAAUCUAGAACCACAAAUUACAAAGUACCGUAAGCAGACGGUACGGCACAGAUGCAAUGUACUUUUAAUUUCUUUUAGAUUGAUCUCUCAAUUACUAUAAUGAGCAUUUUUUCAAUAUAUAAAGUCCUGAGAUUUAUCUCAGACAAUAACUCACGAGAACACUACAAUUCAAGGUACGUUUUAUGUACAUGUUCAUUGGAAUAUUUAUUUAUUAGGUUCUAACCUUUUAUCUAAUUAUACUCGUAGGCUUACUUUAUCAUAAACAUUUUAUUUGUUUAAUUAAUCACUUCCUUUGCGUUUUUGGCAAUAUUGGUACGAACCUACCUAAGUAUCGCAAAGAUAUAGGUCAUAUACCUUCAAAGAUAUCUUAGAAAUGUUCGUUUUCAGUAUUUUAAUGAAUUUUAUAAAAUAAACACAAUUUUGUUUACAGAUGUUUCUAGUCGGAGUUUUGUUUUUGGCAGCUAGCGCA